CUCUUGUCUCUCUCAGUCGCUACCUAGGGUUUUUAUUGAAAGCUUGAAUCGAUCGACUGAGGUAACCAAAGGUCAAGCGAACCUGGAAAGGGUUUUCAGUGAAAUCUACUGUUACUCUUUGAAAUCGGAUCCAAUCCUACCUUCGCCCCAUCCUUCUUGUCUCUAUCAGUUGCUACCUAGGGUUUUUCGUGAAAGCUUGAAUCGGUCGACUAUGGUAACUAAAGGGUAAGCGAACCGGGAAAGGGAAGCAAUAAAUCCAACACUCACUCUCAAAUCGAUUCUACUGGACAAGGUUUCAAUUUGGGGCUCUCUACAUUCAUUGAUUAUACUUUCAUUCAAGCUUACAUCGGUUUUUUUGGUAUCCAGUAACCGAAGCUUACAUUCUCAUCGAUUCCACUUUCUCUCUCUGAACAAAAAUAUCUCAUAUUCUCUAAAAGCCCUAAACCAGCCACCGCCGGCUACCACCUCCACCAUCGUUGAUGUCGUCCUACUUCCCAGAUGGUCUGUGUGUGUGCACGGCAAGACUGAACAGAAAAUGGGAAAGAAAAGAAAAAACGAGCAGAAAGAGAGAAGAGAGUUUAAGGCUGAGGGGAGGAUUCAUCGGAGCUGUGUUCUAGAUGCGGAUCCAGAGCUCCGCAAGUCAUGGGGAUGGUGGAAGGUAAAGAAGUGGACGGUCCAUAUUUUAAACCGCCUCUAUACCCGCUUUGGAGAUUUAAAAUUGCAAAACCCAGAGAACAAAGCUUUUGCACAACACUUCCAGAAGAACUAUGCGGGAAAAUUUUUAGAAUGUCAUCUCAACUUGUUGAAUGCGCUGCGUAUGGGUGACUAUUUACCUGAUAGAGUUUCCAACCUUAUUUUGCAAUACUUGAGCAACAGUCUUUCCAAAACUACGAUGUACAAUCUGCUCCAACCAAGACUUGAUGUUGUUCUGUUUGAGAUUAGCCUUCCACUUAUGUGCUUCAAUGAUAAUGAUCAAGCCCUUUGGGAGGAAGAUCCACAUGAGUAUGUGAGGAAGGGUUAUGAUAUUAUUGAAGACCUAUACAGUCCCAGUAUCGCAGCAAUGGACUUUGUGAGCGAACUGGUAAGAAAACGUGGAAAAGAGAACCUUCAAAAGUUCAUAUUAUUUAUUAUGGAGAUUUUUAAGAGAUAUGAAGAGGCUUCAAUUGAGAUCAAGGCUUACAGACAAAAGGAUGGGGCACUUCUUGCUAUUGGAGCGCUGUGUGAAAAAUUGAAACAGACUGAACCAUAUAAAUCCGAGCUCGAGCCCAUGUUAGCGCAGCAUGUUUUCCUCGAGUUUGCCAGUCCUGUUGGUCAUCUCAGAGCAAAGGCUGCGUGGGUUGCCGGACAAUAUGCCCAUAUAAGUUUCUCUGACCCAAAUAAUUUCCGCAAAGCACUACAACUGAUGGCCAAGGUUGGUGUCAAAAAGCUUGCAGAUGUUCACUUUUCCCUCAUUUGACCACUCACAUUUGGCACAUGUCACAAAAAUUAUCGGAGCAGGGGUUCAUUAGUCUUAAAGAAUUAUGAAAGACAAGAUGCAACUCUACUUAGUUGGAAUUUGAUGUUUAUCAUCUUUUUGUAUAUCUUUUUAGUUUGUAUAGCAUUACUUUGUAGAAGGUGUCCC